GAGCCGCUGAAGGAACCGAAGCGGAAGUUUGGGCAAUAGCCCAUCAUCAUCCCCAUCAUGCCGUAUCUGGGCGGUAAGGAGACGGUGAAGGAGCUGAGGAGGUCUCUGUCCAACCCUAACAUCCAGACCGACCCUCUGCGCUACAGGAACGCGGUGCUCAGAGUCAUCAGGGCGAUGUCUCAGGGCCUGGAUGUCUCUGACCUGUUCAGUGAGAUGGUGAAAGCCUGCGCCACCGUAGACGUGGUCCAGAAGAAGCUGGUGUAUGUCUUCCUGUGUUGCUACGCCCACCUUAACCCGGAGCUUUCCCUGCUGGUCGUCAACACGCUGAGGAAAGACUGCCUGGACCCCAACCCCAUGGUCCGCAGCCUGGCUCUGAGAAGCAUGACCAACCUGAGGUUGCCCAGCCUGGUGGAGUACGUGGAGCAGCCGCUGACAGCGGGGCUGAGAGACAGGGCGGCGUGCGUCAGGCGGGUGGCUGUUCUUGGCUGGGCCAAACUGCACCAGCUCCAACCUGAAACAGAUGCUGCGGUGGUGAACGAGCUGUACGGCCUGCUGAGGGACCCGGACCCCGUGGUGAUGGUCAACUGCCUCCGAGCUCUGGAGGAAAUCCUGAAGGAGGAAGGAGGCGUGGUCAUUAACAAGCCCAUCGCUCACCACCUCCUCAACAGGCUGAAGGAGUGUGAUACUUGGGGCCAGUCGGAGGUGCUAAGGGUCCUUCAGAGAUACCGGCCCCAGUCAGAAGACGAGCUCUUUGACAUCCUCUCGCUGCUGGACUCCUCCCUGGUCAGCCCCCACCCUCCUGUCAUGGCUGCCACCCUCAGCCUCUUCCUGAGCCUCUGCUCCAGCCUCCCUGCUGUCAGCCAGGCGGCCAUGGAGCGAGCGCGAGGCCCCCUGCUGGCUGCGUGUGGAAGCGGGUCGAGAGAGAUGAGGUUUACGGCGCUCUGUCACAUUCAGCUGCUGCUGCGUUCCACCCCUGGCCUGCUGGGGGAGCACUUCAAGCGUUUCUUCUGCAGCUAUGCUGAGCCGGUCUACAUCAAGCAGAGGAAAAUGCAGGUGUUGGUGGAGCUGGUGAACGAUGAGAAUGUGCUGAUGAUUCUGGAGGAGCUGAAAGGAUACUGCACCGAUGUGAACGACGACACGGCUCAGGCUGCCAUCGCAGCCAUCGGUCACAUCGGGCGAAGCUACAGCGACAAAUGUCUGGAGAUCCUCACUGGGCUGCUUGGACUGAAACAAGAUCAAAUAACUUCAGCCAUGCUGCAGACCAUACGGGACCUGGUCUGGGUGUGUCCGCAGUGCAGCGACACCGUGUCUCUGGCCCUGGAAGGUUGUCAGGACGUUUUGCAGGACAGUCAGGGGCGGCAGGCUUUGCUGUGGCUGCUGGGCGUGCACGGCGAGCGGGUGUCCAGCGCCCCCUACACCUUAGAAGCGUAUAUCGACGGAGUGAGAAGUGAAACGUCUGUGGAACUGAAGAUGGAGCUGCUGACGUCCACCAUGAGGCUGUUUCUGUGUCGUCCUGCUGAGACUCAGGACAUGCUGGGGAGAUUGCUGCACUACUGCAUAGAGGAGGAGAAGGACGUGUGUGUGCGCGGCCAGGCCCUUCUCUACUACCGGCUGCUGCAGUGUGGGAUGGAAGAGACACAGAGGGUUCUCCACGGUCGGAGAAGCGACCCCUCAGUGGGCGUCCUGACCGGGCGUCCAGCUGAACCCAUCCGCCAGUGGAUGAGCAGCUUCAACACACUGGAGCCUCUGAAACAUCGUUCAGGAGAGACAGAGGCAGCCAGCAGGGGGAGCCCAGAGCACCACGCCUCCGUUCCCAAACCCAGCAUGGACCUUCCAGACAGCCUGGACUGCAGGUGGCCAGAGGUGGACCAUCCAGACUCAGCCGGCGCCGCAUCACCCUGCACUGAUCCAGGCGUCACUCUGUCUCUCACCCCGGCUGUAAGUCCAGAGGAGUUUGAGCGGCUCUGGAUGCGACGACAAGAAUCAGCUGCUGAGGGGGAAGACUGCCUGUGGCUGGAGGAAACCAUCAGGUGUACGGCCGUACCCCGCCGCUCCCCGCAGAGCCUUCACGCCGCCAUGCAGCUGGUCAACAUCCAGACCCUGGCUUUCACGCCGUCGCACGCUCUGCCAUGGAAGGUGUUCCUCUACACGCGUACGCUGCAGCCAGACGCCUCCUGCAGCACGCUGGUCCUGGGCGAGCUGCUCUACACCGGAGAGGCUCAUCAGAAUCCCACAGCCGAUGGAGAGCAGGAGGUUAAAGUCACCCUACGGCAGCAGCCGCCAGACAUUCAGGCCUUGAGGGCGUUUCUGUCGAUCCUUAGCUCCGUACUAAACACACUUUCCCCAGAAAUUAUUUAGAUUCAGCUUUUGGGUCUUUGAUUCUGAACCCGCAUUAUAAAGACGAAUGUUAUCGAUGCCUUGGAAGGAGGGGAACCGGAGAACAAGGCCUUGAUUUCAACAGGAUAAGAGGAAACUGCUCUCUGCUGAUGGAGGCUUUGUUAAUAAUGAUUCCUUAAAGAGAAUAAAGAGACGUUUCCUUUGGUUCAACCUGAUGAUGAAGCAACAACAAAGGACUGAUCUCUACAUUUAUCUCCAUUUGGGGCUUAGAUCAGAGCCAACAUGGCAGCACAGACAUGGCUGCUGCUAACGGCCUGGCAGGACGAUGAUAUCUGCAGCUUGUUAGGAUCAGUGAGCUAAACGCUCCGCUCUCCGUGAUCGAAAUGUUUGCUGAAAUAAACUUCAUCUUCUGAUGACCUUCCAGAAAGGAAAUAUCUGUUAAAGCUUUUUUCCCUCCAAUAAACAUUUGAAUAUUUCUGAUCAUUGAACAGAUUUUGAUUGUUAGUUUUUAAACAGUGUGAAAGCAGUUUAAAGCGACCCACAUCCAGGUCCACAAAGUAAAAUCCCUGCCUGGUUUUCCUUCAUCCUGUUCACUGAAGCAGGGGAUUAGUCUGCGUUAUGGAGCUGGAAACGGAUGGAACUGAUCUCUGUACUUCCUGACCUGGAUCAUCCAGUCCAGUUUCACUCGACACCAGUGGGUCGGAUUGCUACCUGACCGCAGGAAUGAGGGACUAUGAAGCGUAGAGCUGGACCACAGAGCCUGAAGAUAACAUCUGAUUACUUUAUACCCUAUCGGAUUAAUCCAUGUGUGAUUUCUGACUUUAGUUCAAUAAAAAGAAACAGCAAAUGA